AUGGAUUCCCCGGAGAAAGCAACCAAUUCCGUGAGCGUGGUCGAUAUUGAGGCAGAUAGACAGUGGUACGAGACCAAACGACCAUUCACUUGGGUAUACAAAUGUCUCAACGAAGGUUUGCGAAGAAAUCCUGUCAGAGGUAUACAUCCGAGACCAGACGACAUCGAUUUUGGUAAAUUGAGAGACAACGAUGAAUCGCAGCCUGCUGAGGAGGAGGCAAAAGCAAAGGCAGACAACGUCCAGUUCUCCUCAACCUUGAGCAUCAUACUUAGCUGCGUGGGUGCCGUGGUUGGAUCCGGGAACAUCUGGCUGUAUCCACGCAUCGCUGCCCAAAACAGCCACUCAGAGGGUGCUUUCGCCUUCGUUCUCGUGUGGAUUUUUUCAGUCUUCCUAUGGGCGAUUCCCGUGAUAGUUAUUGAAUAUGCCAUCGGCCGCUUCACCCGAUCAGGUCCAUUACUGGCUUUCCGGAAAUUUCUUGGACCAAAAUUAAUGUGGAUCGGUGGCUGGGUGACAAUGACUACAUUUUUUAUUAGGUUAGUAUAG